ACAGCUACAAUCCUCGGAUUUACAGUCAUCUACAACAUUUCACGUGUCUGGAGCAUAAUAUCUCAAAGCCGUCUUCUUGAACCGGUGAUACAGUGUUGUAUCGAGCAUCAGGCCGGAUCCCAGCUCAUAAUCACGCGACAGCUUAUACUCACUCACCUUAUCUCUCACAACCCGACCUCACUCAGUGAAACGGAAUCGACAAGUAAAUAAAAGAGAAAAUGGCCGACAUUGCAGCCCGCCUAGCAGGCCUCAAUCCCUUCAAACAAAACUUCGAUGAUGACGACGACAAGGGCGACUUCAUCGCUCCAGAGCCCGGCCACCUCUCGCGCAAAUCGGACCACUACAAGGCCCAGCUGAGAGUCAGCCACGCCCUCCGGUCCUUUCUCGUCGACAACGACGUCCUCUCGGAGCGCGAUGCCGGCCUCGACUGCAGCGACUCGCCGCCGGCCCUGCGCGAGCUGCUCGGCCGCCGCAACUUCGAGGCGCCGCCGCAGCUCGUCGACCCGCGGUUCCCUCUGCCCGAGUACUUUGUCAGCUCCAGCCACAACACGUAUCUGCUGGCCAACCAGCUGUAUGGCAAGUCGUCCGUGUCGGCGUACGAGACAGCGCUGACGACGGGCUCGCGGUGCAUCGAAAUCGACGCGUGGGACGACGCCGAGAACGAGGACGAGCCCAAGGUGACGCAUGGCUACACGCUCGUGUCGCACAUCCCGUUCCGCGCCGUGUGCGAGACGAUCCGCGACGUCUACGACCGCGAGCAGGCGGCCAGCACAUUCACCGCGGGCCAGGCUGGCGAUCCCGCGUCCCCCAUCCUGCUGUCUCUGGAAAACCACUGCGGGCCUCGCGGACAACUCCGUCUCGUCCAGAUCAUGAGAGAAGUCUUUGGUCACCGCCUCAUAAGCGAGCCGGUUCGACGCAAAGGCACCCGCGAGCAGCAGGGAAGCGGUGAACAUGUGACGCUGGAGGAUCUGGGUCCCAAAAUUUCUGUCAUUGUCGAGUUCCAUCUGCCCGAUGAGGCCUCAGACAGCGGCGACUCCAGCAACGACCAGUCCGAUGACGAGGAGGAGAGGAUGGCCCGCCAGGCGUACAAGGAGAGGAAGCAGGCAGCGUCAUCCUCCUCCACUCGCAUCGUGCCAGAGCUAGCCGAGCUGGGAGUCUACGCUCAGUCGGUGAAACCCAAGGACAACUCUUGGUAUGAUCCUGGACAGCUGGUCAACGGCCCGCAUCACCAUCUCAUCAACGUGUCCGAGACGGGCCUGUCGUCGCAUCUCCCCCAUCACGCGGUCCCGAUCGCCAACCACAACGCCCACCACCUCAUGCGUGUCUUCCCCAAGGGCACCCGCAUCGCCUCGUCCAACCUCCAUCCCGUCAAGUUCUGGGGCAUUGGCGCCCAGAUCUGCGCCCUCAACUGGCAGACGUUUAGCACCAGCAACCAGCUCAACGACGCCCUGUUCAACGGCACCGCCGGCUACGUCCUCAAGCCCGCCGCUCUGCGCGCCGGCGGCAGCGGCCGUCUUGGCACGGGCCGGAUGACAAGGCUGCGCGUCCACGUCGCUGGAGCCACCGACGUGCCUCUCCACGAGGACAGGGAACGAGACUCCAUCAAGCCGUACCUGACGUGUACGCUCUACAGCCCACUCGACGCCGACCAGGAGCCCCCCAAGAGAAAGACGGCGCCCUACAAGCACCACAAGCUGGGGUUCCUCCAUCGCGGCGAGAACCCGCACGCGACGGACCCGGUCUGGGACGAGACGCUGGAGUGGGAGUACGAGGACAACGAGCUAGUCUUUCUGCGAAUGCUCAUCAAGAGCGACGACAGCUUUGCUAGGAACCCAAAGUUCGCCGCCGUGGCCGUUCGCCUGUCGUAUGCCCUCCCCGGGUGGACCUUUAUCAGGAUGAUGGACCUAAAGGGCAAGGAGACGGACUGCACGCUGCUUGUCAAGUUUGAGUUUGAGGAUUUGUGAGGACGCUGCUGGCCAGUGCCCUUGGACCAGCCUGCAUGACUGGUUGACUGAUGACGACGAAUAUCAUGAUAAUGAUGACAAUGUCUACCUCUGUGUGGCAAGACAGGAAGUGUAUGUAUAAAUACCCGCACACGGAUAGCAGUACAUAUACUUGGUCCGUAGCAGAAAUGGGGUAUACCCGGGCAAUAACGAAUCAACCGUCUCGGUAUGUCUUGUUCAUAUUCCCCCCAAGACAACUCUGUGGAGCAAACCUCGUUAGUCCAACGGCCCGCCACUACUAUUCUAAAUCACAAGAAGAAAAAACGCCACCCAUG